CAGCUGCUCUCCUCUCCUGACUCCUCUCACCUACCCUCCAGAUCGGGUCGUAACAGGGAGUGGCGAUGGCUCUGGUGAAGCUGUACGGCAUGACCAUGUCGUGGAACGUGACGAGGUGCGUGGCGGCCCUGGAGGAGGCCGGCGUCGAGUACGACGUCGUGCCCAUCGACUUCGGCGCCGGCGAGCACAAGACCCCCGACCACCUCGCCAGGAACCCCUUUGGUCAGAUGCCAGUUCUGCAGGAUGGUGACUUCUACGUCUGGGUCACUUUGGCAGGAUGUGGUCGUUCUUGGAUAAACGAUGACCCACAAUCUUAUGAGAAUGAAAUGGCAUUUGAAUCGCAUGCUAUUUGCAAGUACACAUGCCGCAAGAACAAACCGGAGCUGUUGAAGGAGGGCAACCUCAAGGAAUCAGCAAUGGUAGAUGUGUGGCUCGAGGUGGAGGCCCAUCAGUACACGGCCACACUGGAGCCCAUUAUCCUUGAGUGCCUCGUCCGUCCUAUGUUCGGGCGAGCCACUGACCAGAAAACUGUCGAGGAUAACCUUGUGAAACUGAAGAAGGUGCUGGAGGUGUACGAGGCGCGCCUGACCAAGUGCAAGUACCUGGCUGGAGACUUCCUCAGCCUCGCGGACCUUAACCAUGUGUCUGCUACCGCAUGCCUGGCGGCUACACCCUACGCUUCUUUGUUCGACGCGUAUCCGCAUGUGAAAGCUUGGUGGUCUGGUCUGAUGGCGAGGCCAUCCGUCCAGAUGAUCGCUGCACUGAAGAAGCCGUAUUUUCAUAAUAGUGUCUAG